UAGAAAUGCUAGGUCUCGUCAACGUGCUAAAUAAGUUCAUAAGGUCCCAAUGCUCAUCGAGAGUGCCACAGUAGAUAGAAUCAACGGUAAAAAAAGAAAAAAAGAAUCAUUCCCCACCAGGAAAAGAAUACCAAAUUACGAUACCAUUAGAAAAUGGCAAGCACCACCGGUCCCCAUACCCACAGGAUGCCGAGCAACUGCCAAAUCGCACGGCUAUUACAGUUCAGUUUCCCUACGGAAGAGCCAAAUCGCCAGUAUCCCGUUAGAACGACACAACCCCGAGAAAGGACUGAGUGCAGAACCUUGGCCAUGUCGUCCUUCGGAUCGACGCUGAGUCUCCCGCAGAGCCAUCGGAGGAGAAGGCGGAAGGACCUGGGCAGAGCUACGCCUGUGGACAUGGACCUCGAAUCUAUUAGGGCAAGAAGGUCUCGACUGGAGGCCCUGACUGCCUCCCUUCGUCUGCCGCCCCUCGGGCCAGCGGCCGGGGGACUUCCCUUGUCACGCGCCUCAUCCCUGCCCGGGACUCCAAGCGCCCCUGGAUCUCCUUGCUCCUCGUCUGGAAUUCGGUCCCACCACGACCCCCUCCCUGAGAUCGGGCGCCAGCGACAGGACUCCCCUGCGCCCUCCUGCUCUUCUUCCUCCAUGGUCCUGCCCUCCUCUUCCCAAGGGGACGAAUUCCUUCCGAAGAUCAUGAGUCCUGAAGUUCCUCUGGCGAUCCCAGAGGAUAAGGAGGACGGGUCAGAUGUCACGGAGAUCCAGUUGGAAGAUGAAGCGAAGAUAUAUGAUGAUACAGAGGACGGGGAGAGAGAGGUAGAGAGAGAAAAAGAGGGAGAGGGAGACACGAAGAGUAUACAGGGUAAAAUAUCCUAUGAUAAUCUGGAGGCUGUAAGAGACGCUGCCUCAAAUCCUGGAUGUUCUCUCGGUGCUGCGUCAGAAGAUGUGAAGGAUAUCCACUUCGAGGACGCCUAUAGUGAUGACGAGAAUGAUUUCGAUAUUCACGAGACCGUCCUGAAUGAAAUGGAGCGGAGUCCUUCAAGUAGAUCUAGGAAGGACGUGGACUUCCCAUAACGUCGUAGGAUAUGCGAAUGGAAUUUUUAAGUUAACAAGCGUGCUAAUCUUUUUAUGUUUCCUUAUAUAUUCCCAUAGAACGUCUGAUUGAAAAUAGUUCAUGCUAUAAUCAAUAUAAUUUGUCACGUGAUCACCCGCUUAUCGAUAUUGUUUUGAAAAUGAAAGGGGAGAAGGAGAAGGGAGAGAAGUAGAGAAAGACUAAGAAAGCACUAAAUAUAUCUUUGUUUUUUUCGUGUU